AUGCUGGGAUGGGACGAAUUGCUGAAGGACAGAAAAGACAGCAGCUUGCUGGAACCACUUAAAAGAACAUACAUUACCAAACUGAUCAAGAUUCCACGUAAGAGCAUUGGAACGCUUGUCGGCAGAGCUGGAUCAACGGUGCACCGUAUAGAACUUGAAACUAAGACAUUCAUCCGAGUAAUGUACGAUAAGGAGAAAAGAGAUAUAUCAGAGAGCGCUGAAGAGAUCUCAGCUAAAGAGAUCUCAGGAGAAGACUGGCUUGCCUUGGAGCAGCGUAAGGAACUAGAAGAAAUACCUGUGGAGAUUCGUGCUGAGAAGGAGGAACAAAUAAGCCUGGCAUCUCUUGCAAUUCGUGGCCUUGUUGCUGAUUCAUUGGAACCGAAAAUCACAAGGCUCAUAUUUGUAGAACAGCACGCCCUGGGCACUGUACUUGGUACAGAAGGACGCAAUAUUAAGCGAAUCCAGCGCUGCUUUCGAGUUCGUAUUCAGAUCGAUAAUGAAGAUAUAGAUCUUCCUUGUUUAUCUAUCACCGGCACCAGAGAUUUAGUAGAUUAUGCAGAGCAUCGCAUCGACCAACUUAUAAAUCGUGGAUGUAAUGACAAAAUCAAAAGCGCAGCAGUGCAGGACGACUUUUGCCUGGGAAAGGUAGUGCGUGAAAUGAAAGAGCUGAAUAAGAUGGAAAAACAGUGGUAAUAUUGAUGUCGAAUAUUCUACAAUACGAUAUACAGUCGAAUAUUGUCACUCUUUGUGAAUUUUGUUGCUAUAGAACAACUUUUUGUAACACCUUUGCAAAUUAGAUUUAUUUAUACCUUUUGUGAGAUUUUUCAAGUUAACAAUGUAGCUUGGCCACUUUAAAAUGAACUUUAGAUU